AUGGGCGCCGUCGUCUCUUGCAUCCAAUCGGUCUUCCGCACCAUCGGAAACUGCCUGACCUCCGUCAUCUCUGGCAUUGGCGGUAUCCUCCACGCCAUCAUCGGUGGCAUUGUCUCCUUCUGCAACAUCAUCAUCAGCUUCCUGACCUGUGGCUACUGCGGUCGUCGCGGCGGAGGCGGACGUCGCUCCCGUCACACCACCACGACUAGAAGUCGAGUCUGA